AUGAACAGGUUACAUACGUCGAUAUUAGCUCUUGUAAUGAGUAUCUUCUUGAUCCAAGCCUCGGAUCCACCAUACGAAAAACCUACCGGUAGUUUUAUCAAAUUUUUCCCUUUAAAAAUUCCCGCUCUUAUUUACACACCUUUCGUAACUAACGUACAUAAAACAUUAAGCACGGAACUUCAACCACCGACUUUGGAUCCACAAGAACUUCAUCCAUCGACUUUGGAUCCACAAGAACUUCAUCCACCGACUUUAAGUCCACAAGAUUAUCAAUCAUCACAGGCCGAUGAUUUAUUUAAGGACCCUACGAUGCCUCACGUAGCAGUGUAUUCAACUUUACAAGAUUUUCCACGAGAUAAUUUCAAUUCCGGUUCAAAUUUACCUUCAUAUCCAUCGGUAGAUGCGUAUCCAUUAAGUAAUCGUACUCAAUUCGAUGGCGACGUUCCGGAAAACUCUUCUUCAUCGAACAAUACCAACGGUUUAACUAAAUUACAUAACUACCUCGUUCAAAUUAACGAUGAAUCACAAACUAACAAGGAAAAAACCGCUUACCAAGAACUAUUAGAACAAGAUUUCGUAAGACCGCUGCUUAAACUUUACGAAAAAGAGAUACACCAGGAUUCGGAUUACUUAACUAAUACUAAUAACCGUAUUUCCAAAGAAAAUAACGUGGAAAUAACCGCAAAUAAAACAAAGGAAAUAGCCUUAAUUAGAAGAUACGAUUCAAAUAUUGACGAUACUAAAGAUAAAGAACACAUCGGGGAAAUUCUACCGGCGGAUUUUCACAAAAAUCGAAAACGUGUAUUUUUCGCUCGAAAAUUAAAUCCCGUCGGGUUCAAACCGAGUUUAGAACGUUCGGAAAUCAUUAGAUUUCCCAUGGCGUUUCCAUCGGGUGCGUCAUCCGAAGGAUCGGACGUGUUCGUUACGGAGAACGUUAAUAGGAUUAACGAACAGUAUUAUUCGAGAUCGCCGCGUUUGGGGAUACCCAUUUUGGAACAGUUCCGGAUGCCUAGGAGGUAUAGGGGUUUUAGGGAAGGUUAUUCUGACGGACAGCAAGUUCAUUUCGAUCCUUCUGCUCGUUAUCAAACGGUUUGGUCUUCCAGAAGACCCAGAGUGAUAUUUCCUACGGAGCAAGUUACGUUUAGAGAUCCCAUCAAAAGUCAAGAUGCGGAACCUGAUUGGUUGGCUGGAGAUGGUACUUUGCAGGAUUUACAAGAGCAGGAUAUUAGAGAUAGAGGAUCCGACAAAGUAGUUUGUGCUCCUGGCGCGAGUUGCCAAUUCUUCCUAACCUGCUGGCUCUCGGGAGGGCUGUUGGACCAACCCUGUGACGGUUUAUUAAGAGGAUGUUGUUACAGGGGAAGAGUCGCGAAGAGCGGAGGAAGCGGAUUUUUGGCGAUAGGUACACUAGACGCGCCCCCCGAUACAUCUAAAAACAAUAUCGGAUACCACAAUUCGGAUUUUCGUUGUGGUAUAUCAUUGCCGCAAGCCCAAAGACGAAUUGUUGGUGGAGAAGAAGCUGGUUUCGGAACCUUCCCAUGGCAAGCUUAUAUUAGAAUAGGAUCUUCAAGAUGUGGCGGUUCUUUGGUGAGCAGACGUCAUGUGGUUACAGCGGGACAUUGCGUUGCAAGGGCUAUUCCAAAACAAGUGCAUGUCACUCUAGGAGAUUACGUCAUUAACUCAGCUGUCGAAUCGUUACCAGCUUACACGUUUGGUGUAUCACAUAUACAGAUACACCCAUUAUUCAAAUUCACUCCUCAAGCGGACAGAUUCGACGUGGCGGUGUUGUUAUUAGAUAGAGCGGCUCACAAUCUACCUCACAUCACGCCAAUUUGUCUUCCGCCUAGAGGAGAAAAUUUUUUGGGAGAGAUCGGUGUGGCGGCCGGAUGGGGAGCGCUUAGUCCUGGAUCACGGUUGAGGCCGCAAACUUUACAAGCCGUACAAGUACCAGUUAUUGAAAAUAAACAAUGCGAAAGGUGGCACAGGUCGAAAGGUAUAGCGGUGACGAUCCACGACGAAAUGUUAUGCGCCGGAUAUAAAAAUGGCGGUAGAGAUAGCUGUCAAGGAGAUUCUGGUGGUCCGUUGAUGCUUCAAAAAACCGGCAGGUGGUUCCUCAUCGGUAUCGUAUCGGCUGGUUAUUCAUGCGCUCAAUCGGGACAACCUGGAAUUUAUCAUCGAGUAGCACACACCGUUGAUUGGAUCAUUCGUGCUAUUGGUAAUACGAAUUGAAGAACUUUUCGACGAAGAUGAAAAUGAAGAAAAAAUCAUUUCGUUAGAAAAAUAACAAGACGUGAAACUUUUUAUUGAAAAUAUCGUGUGUACUAGCUUUGUAACAAUUAAAAUCCAAUUAGGGAUUGUAAACAAGAUGGACAAUUCAUUAUCCAGUACGUUGUAACUAAAGAGAAACAUAUUUGCACAUAGAGGUUCUUUCCUCUAAGUAACAGCGUUUUCAGACGCUGACAAGGCUCAAAUUAAUAUAAGUAAAUUGUUGUUAUUUAGGUGGUUACAUGAAUCAAUGAAUCUUCUUUGGUUAUAAGUUUGCUGCCUGCCUAAACCCCUCUAGAUGAUCUUAAUAACUAACUACCACCGUAUAAUUUUUUGUAUGCAGUCUUUAUAAGAGGUUACCGCUUCUCUUUUAAACCAAGUGGUUAUAACAUGUUUUUUAGCUCGUGUCAUUAUAAAGUGUUAGAAGAGAUGAAAAUCGCUAGUAUCGAGUUGUACAAAUGAUCAAACACGUUCCAGCCUAGUACCUGUAGGAUUAUUUUAGUUACGUUUGCAGUAUAUCGUGAGAGAAAACACAUUUUGUGUGCCUCCACCUUGUUUAAACUUAGGUACGUUCCAAACACACUGUUUAGUACAACAAAACUCACAAUUACACUGUCUGACGCGCUUGGAGGUAAACCUUGAGUCUCUGAAGAUGAUAACUUUCGAUAAUAGUUAUCGAAACGCGCGUGAGACAGUGUAAUUAUGAGUGGUAGGCUAAACAGUGUGUUCAUUAUGGAUAUCACCAUCGGUUUCAGAAAUUCGAACUUAGAUGAGGUUGUUUUUAGUGUUGAUUUUCAAUAUUUCAGUAACAACUCCAUGAAUCGAUUGAUUAUUUGAUCGCUUCCUUCAGUAAACUGUUUGACACAUCUUUUAGUUAUUGAAUCACACGUAAGCUUCGUAGAUUUUCCGACGAAUUCCAAUUGGUUCAACUUAGCAUUUAGAAAACGAACCACAGAUAUGAUUUGAUAUGCGCGGGCAGUUUUCUAUUAAGGCUGACAUCAUAAAGAUCACGUUGGCAAGAACGAUCCCAAAAUGGCGAUCGAGGCGUUGCCGCUGAUACAAUUAGAAACGAGACUUACUCUGUGGAUAAACCUCACAGUUUUUUUUUAUUUUGCAUACAUAUAGCUUUGUAAUAACAUAAUUUUUUUAUGCAAAAAGCAAACAAAAGAGAAUGAACCAAUUUGCACUUUAGUGGUUCGAGUGGAGAUGUCUGUGGAUCUUGAACUUCUGUAGGUUGAAGUGCGAAGGAAAACGUGGCUGAGUAGCUGAUUCGAAUAGGGGAGAAAAGAAAAAUAUUUUACUUAUGCAUAUUAUUUUCUCAAACAAGGCCGAAAGACAAGAGUUUGCAGAAGUUUCUUCCUGUCAACAGUCUGUAUAAGUAAAGGUCCUCUAAAAAAAGCAUUGGGAAACAAGUUUGAGAUUACUGGGGUUUAUCCAGGCACUGACAAAACAGUGCAUGAGACAAGAUAAUCCAAAGAUGGAUUGAAAACAUUAAAAAACAAAUUGAGACUUUUGUAGAAAGAAGAAUCGUUACUGCAGAAAAGACAUCAUUGAGUUAUUUAGUGCCUAAUAUGAAAAAAGGUAUUCUGAGACUCACGGGAAUGGAAAAAAAGAUCUGGAGAUGAAUAAUUUGGAGCAAACUGCAAGAAAAAUGAUGCGUACACUCCAAAAUAUGAGAACAAAAAGCGAGCUAAUGAGCAUAAUACAUUUCUAGGUUCUAAGUAUUCCAGUUUCAGAUACUGGACCAGUAUACUACUCAGGAAGACCAAAAAAGAGAUGAAUAGAUUAAAUAGAGAGAUAUGGGGAAGAGACGAAGAGACGAAAAUUCUUAAACGCAAUUAGAAGUUUUCCCGCCACAUCUAAAUAAAGUCUCUGAGUUUAUUUUGCAUUUGAACUGCCACAUAUGUUUUUUUCGAUUGAAAUUUUUUUUUUCAAAUCAAAUUAGUAAAUGAAAAAACAGAAAAAGUCAACGGUAUUCAAGUUCGCUGUUUUACCGAUACGACCGCGGCAUAUGCUUUUCAAAGCUGUUCAAGACAAUCCCGCCUGGAGCAGUUUUUGCAAGACCUACUCGACAGGCAGACGUGGUCGAGUUUGCCUGAAAAAGCCCAGAACUUCAAUUUAUCGGGACUAAUUUCCAAAAGUGCAAACCUACAACCUACAGAAAUUUAAGAUCGUUAAGCACAACUCGUAUUUAUCAACAUUACCUUUUGUAGCUCUACUAUCUUUGAUAGUUCUUUUAUUUCAGGGGUGCAGUGGUGACUGUAGAUAUUAAACUGAGCUUUAAUCUCGUGCAAACUUAAUUCCUAUGUCCUUACCCUCUAAUAUUUGAUUAGAGUGUCUUUUAAUAUAAUUUGAGGAAUUCAUCCAGCAUUAUCAUUGAUUAUCGCAGUUUUUCUCUUCAUUAUUACUCAAAAUUUCAUAAAAUGAUGAUACAGAGUCUCUAUAUACAACGUACAUUCUUCUCAAAAUGAAAAGUUUCGUCUUGUUUUUUUUCCCUUCCGGACAGAUUUUAAAAAAUAUUGAUUGUAAUAAGAUGAAUUGUCAUUUUUUAAACACCCUGUAAAUAUUUAAUAAUUUAAAUUUUUCCUAAUUUAUUGUAGAUAUUUAUAAAAUUAAGAACUGAUGAUAAAUAAAAUGUAAAUAAUUA